AUUUUGAUAGCCUUGUAAAGAAAACUUUGGUCGAGUGAAGAACGUGGAAGAAGAGAAAGGGAGAAACGUGUGGCGGCUCUUCGUUAAAGAGACUUGGAACACGGCUACUCCAAUCGCAGCUUCCAACAUCAAUGGCUUCUUCUUCUUCCUUCCUUGCGCCAUCAUCCACAUCCAUUCUUCACUCUAAGAAAGAUGUCGGUCUCUCUGCUUUGACUUCCACGUCUUCCAUUUCUUCUCAGCGAUGCCAGAAAACCGGUUUCAGGAGAAUUUGCUGCUCCGUUGCAGCACCACAGCAAUCUCAACGCCAGCCUUCUACCACUGGAUCAGUGAAGACGGCGAUGACGAUGACCGAGAAGAUAUUGGCUAGAGCUUCUGAGAAACCCUAUUUGACCCCUGGGGAUAAUGUUUGGGUUAAUGUUGAUAUUUUGAUGACUCAUGAUGUUUGUGGCCCUGGUUCUAUUGGUAUUUUCAAGAGGGAAUUUGGCGAGGAUGCUAAGGUUUGGGACCGUGAAAAGCUUGUGAUAAUACCUGAUCACUAUAUCUUCACCAGUGAUGAAAGAGCCAAUCGCAAUGUUGACAUACUAAGAGAUUUCUGCCAAGAGCAGAAUAUCAAGUACUUUUACGAUAUUAAGGAUCUUAGUAAUUUUAAGGCAAAUCCAGACUACAAAGGUGUUUGCCAUGUUGCUCUUGCUCAGGAAGGUCAUUGUAGGCCUGGAGAGGUUCUUUUAGGCACUGAUUCUCACACUUGUACUGCUGGAGCAUUUGGUCAAUUCGCUACGGGGAUUGGGAAUACUGAUGCAGGUUUUGUGUUGGGAACAGGGAAGCUUCUCCUCAAGGUGCCUCCAACUCUAAGAUUUGUUAUGGAUGGAGAAAUGCCCAGUUAUUUACUUGCAAAGGAUCUGAUUCUGCAAAUAAUUGGUGAAAUAACUAUGGCUGGGGCAACAUAUAAAGCUAUGGAGUUUGUUGGCACAACUGUUGAAAGUUAAUGUGAGUUUAUUCUUGAUAGCACUACAUAUAAAUAUCUCGAGGAUAAGACAUCCGUGCCAUAUCAACCAGUUUAUAGUGAUCAGCAAGCAAGAUUUCUUUCUGAAUAUAGAUUUGAUGUCUCAAAGUUGGAGCCAUUGGUAGCCAAGCCUCAUUCUCCGGAUAACCGUGCUUUGGCUAGAGAGUGCAAGGACGUGAAAAUUGACAGAGUAUACAUAGGAUCUUGCACGGGUGGAAAAACAGAGGAUUUCAUGGCUGCAGCAAAAGUUUUUCUAGCUUCGGGUAAAAAAGUUAAAGUACCCACAUUUCUUGUGCCGGCAACACAGAAGGUUUGGAUGGACUUAUAUAGCAUCCCAGUACCUGGAGCUGGUGGUAAGACUUGCUCCCAGAUAUUUGAAGAAGCUGGAUGUGACACACCUGCUAGUCCUAGUUGUGGUGCUUGUUUGGGUGGCCCAAAGGAUACUUAUGCACGCUUGAAUGAACCUCAGGUUUGUGUUUCAACUACAAAUAGGAACUUCCCGGGCCGAAUGGGACACAAGGAAGGCCAGAUAUAUCUGGCUUCUCCAUAUACAGCUGCGGCAUCUGCAUUGACUGGUUAUGUUACUGAUCCAAGAGAAUUCUUGCAGUAAGGUUAUUGUUUUAUGAUAAUACCCAUUCCGAUCUAUUUGACUGGGUAAGUUUUGUAUACUAUGUAGCCAUUAAAACUGUAAGUUAUUGAAGUUUAUAGAUCUAUCUGUCUGUUUCCCCCCUUUAAGAAGUCUUGCGACUGUUAAUCCGUUCUGGUGCUUAGUUUCAAUAAUAAAAUAAUAUUUUAUGUA